CGGGUUGGGUAUCUGGUUCCUGUCUCGUCCUCAAAAGAGAAGAAAAUGAGAAAUGGCAAGUACAAAUAAAAAAAAGAGAGUCGAAAAUCAAAACCCUCCUCUUCAUCGGGGAUCUUCCCACUUUUCGUCGACGGAAUCAGAUAGUAAGAGCAGAAAAUACUGAAAUGGAAUUAGCAGAUCGAGCAGUUGGCUUCCUAUUGUCAUUUAUCAGCUUAACCAUAUUUACAUAUUACAGUUUAUGGGUCAUCAUCCUGCCAUUUGUAGAGAGCGAACAUUUUAUACACAAGUACUUCCUCCCUCAAGAAUAUGCCAUACUGAUACCUGUAUUUGUUGGCGUGGUGCUUCUCUGUUUGCUAUCCAUGUUUAUAGGGUUCGUGAUGCUCAAGUCCAAAAAGAAGAAGGCAUGAUUGACACCAAUAAAUAUUCUGUUGUUAACAUUUUCCCCCGUCUGUUCCUGUACUAUUAACAUUGAAAUUUUUGAACGUUCGCUUUUUGGAUGAGAACAACAGCAAAUAAGAUUGGUAUUUCUGUGUUACAGCUAGUGAUGUUUCUCG